CAAACGACGCGUGGUGGAAAGAAUAGGAUAGAGUUAGGGUUUUCAGAAAAGGCGGAGGGUUCUCUUUCUCUUUCUACGCUGCUCUUCGAUCUAGGGUUUGGCAAUUUUCAUUAAUUUCCUCAGUCCGUACCAUAUUGCACAAUGGCUGAUGGUCAUGAAACAGAUAAGAACAUUGAGAUAUGGAAGAUCAAGAAGUUGAUCAAAGCAUUGGAAGCUGCUAGAGGCAAUGGUACCAGCAUGAUUUCUCUUAUCAUGCCUCCUCGUGAUCAAAUAUCAAGGGUUACCAAGAUGCUUGGAGAUGAGUUUGGAACUGCUUCAAACAUUAAAAGUAGGGUCAAUCGUCAAUCUGUUUUAGGUGCAAUCACAUCUGCGCAGCAGAGAUUGAAGCUGUACAACAAGGUUCCUCCUAAUGGUCUUGUGCUGUAUACUGGCACGAUUGUGACUGAAGAUGGAAAGGAAAAGAAGGUGACAAUUGACUUUGAGCCUUUCAGGCCUAUAAAUGCCUCUCUUUACCUAUGUGACAACAAGUUCCAUACGGAAGCUCUGAACGAACUUUUAGAAUCUGACGACAAGUUUGGUUUUAUUGUCAUGGAUGGAAAUGGUACCCUCUUUGGCACAUUAAGUGGGAACACCAGGGAGGUUCUUCACAAAUUUACUGUUGACCUUCCAAAAAAGCAUGGAAGAGGUGGGCAGUCGGCUCUUCGAUUUGCUCGUCUUCGAAUGGAGAAGCGGCACAACUAUGUGAGGAAAACUGCAGAGCUUGCCACCCAGUUUUUUAUCAAUCCUGCCACCAGCCAGCCCAAUGUUUCAGGGUUGAUACUUGCUGGUUCCGCUGACUUCAAAACUGAGCUGAGUCAGUCUGACAUGUUUGAUCCCCGUCUUCAGGCCAAAAUACUGAAUGUGGUUGAUGUUUCUUAUGGAGGUGAAAAUGGUUUCAAUCAGGCAAUAGAGUUGUCAUCUGAGAUCCUAUCCAAUGUGAAGUUCAUUCAGGAGAAGCGCUUGAUAGGGAAAUAUUUUGAGGAGAUCAGCCAGGAUACUGGGAAGUAUGUCUUUGGCGUUGAUGACACACUGAAAGCUUUGGAGAUGGGUGCUGUUGAGACCCUGAUUGUGUGGGAAAAUCUUGACAUUAGUAGGUAUGUUCUGAAAAACAACAAUACGGGUGAGAUAGUCAUAAAACACUUGAACAAGGAACAGGAGAACAAUCAGAGCCACUUCAGGGAUGCGGCUACUUCUGCUGAAUUGGAGGUUCAGGAAAAGAUGUCACUGCUAGAGUGGUUUGCAAAUGAGUACAAGCGCUUUGGUUGUACACUUGAGUUUGUGACCAACAAAUCACAAGAGGGAUCGCAGUUCUGCAGAGGAUUUGGUGGUAUAGGUGGAAUUCUUCGUUACCAGCUGGAUAUGAGGUCCUUUGAUGAGGUUUCUGAUGAUGGAGAGAAUUAUGAUGAUUCAGAUUAGCAAUCAAUCAAUUGUUCCCCAGUGCUGGCACAGGGGGGAAUGGGAUCAAAAGCCUGCACUGGUGCACGAGAUCUCGGGCUUAUUGCAGCUGCUCCCGUGAUGAUGCCUGAAAAUUUUCAUGGAGAAUUAAUCAAGUUUGGAUUGUCUGGAUGCAAGAACACAUCAAUAGCUUGUAACACAUUGCUGGGAGGGGGUUGCGUUGAAGCUUUCGUUUGUUUUCAUCAGCAUGGUGGUUGAUUUGCCCGAGAGAUGCAGAUACUUGUAUCAACCUUAGAAAUGGUUGGUUUAUGGUAAAAGGUCUAUUCUAGUUCUGCUGUCUAAAAGGAGUUUAUUUGGAAAGUUUAUGCAGGAGUGGCCUGCUGAACAUGUUAUACUUACUAGUUCCUGAAGCUAUGACCAUGGAUUUGAUACUGCAAUCAGAUGAUAAUAAUUCUAUCUGUUUCUGAACCAUUAUAUGUAAUGAAAUAAGGAGACUGCUUUGCUGCCCAGAGAAACAGUCUAUAUAUGAUUUUAGAUGUUCAUCA